AGAAGCAAGCCCAAGUCUACUUAACGGAAGCAAGGUGGUACAAUAAAAAUUACACCCCAACCAUGGAAGAAUAUAUGGAGACUGCAGCAAUUUCAAGUGGUUACCCCAUGCUUAUUACAUCUACUUUUGCGUUAAUGGGAGAUAUUGCAACGAAGGAAAUUCUUGAUUGGGUAUCUGCUAAUCCAAAAAUUGUUAUGGCUUCUGCAACUGUUUGCAGGCUUAUGGAUGAUACUGUCUCCCACACGAAAGAGCAAGAGAGAGGACACGUAACAUCAGCUGUUGAAAGUUACAUGAAGGAACAUGAUGUGACGGUACAAGAGACGUAUGAGGAAUUUGAGAAACAAGUUGUGGACGCAUGGAAAGAUAUAAACGAACAAUUGCUCAUGCCAACACCUCCGGUGCCUAUGUGUUUGCUUAAGUGUAUUCUCAACUACACAAGAGUAAUAGAUGAGCUUUACAAAGAAGAAGAUGCAUUUACUUUAAAUGGUAAGGUUACAGUGAAGGGUAUCACCGAUUUGCUUCUUACUUCAAUAUAAUUAAAUGAAUUUUGUGCUAAUUUCUCAGUGAAUAAUUAUAGAAUUUAAAUAAAUGUGUAUCGACUAUAGAUACUUUUUAAAUUAUUGCGUGAUAAUGUAUUUUUAAUUAUGUAAUUUUGUAU